CAGUGCUGAGUUAAAGACAUAGAAACACAGACACAUCACAGCAUAAAAUAGCGAGGGAAGAAAGAGGCAGAUGAUCAGAGUUUCAGCCACUUCUCUGAUUUUUAAAUAUUGAUCAUGAAUUUGUCGAGAAAAUCCGACUGAAUCUGUCGCUCGUGUGUGAAAAGGAGGCAAAACGAAAACCUUUUUUUCCUCGUGCCGCACGGAUUUCUCGCCCUUUUUAUCAGCUCGAUACACUUCAAAUCAUCAUUACAGGAGACAUUUUAGAUAUUAUUAUUUACUGUGUAUUUUGGGAGAGAGAGGCGUUUGAACAUGGGAUGUUUGGGUAACAGCAAGACAGAAGAUCAGCGCAUCGACGAGAAGGCGCAACGAGAGGCGAAUAAAAAGAUCGAGAAACAGUUACAGAAAGAGAGACAGGCGUACAAAGCCACACACCGCCUUCUCUUAUUAGGCGCAGGGGAAUCCGGGAAGAGCACUAUAGUCAAACAGAUGCGGAUUCUGCACGUCAACGGCUUUAACGCAGAAGAAAAGAAGCAAAAAAUAUUGGAUAUUCGGAAAAAUGUGAAGGACGCAAUUGUCACGAUAGUAUCUGCUAUGAGCACCUUAACACCCCCGGUGUCAAUCGCCAACCCGUCCAAUCAGCCUAGAGCGGAGUACAUCAAAAGUAUAGCUCCGCUCUCAGAUUUUGACUACACAGAGGAGUUUUUUGAGCAUGCAAAGAAUCUGUGGGAUGAUGAGGGAGUGAAGGCCUGUUUCGAGCGCUCAAACGAGUAUCAGCUCAUUGACUGUGCACAGUACUUCCUGGACAGAAUUGAGUCUGUACGACAGGGUGACUAUACACCAACAGACCAGGAUUUGCUGAGGUGCCGUGUUUUGACAUCAGGGAUUUUUGAAACCCGAUUUCAAGUAGACAAAGUCAACUUUCAUAUGUUUGAUGUGGGUGGUCAGAGAGAUGAAAGAAGGAAAUGGAUUCAGUGCUUUAAUGAUGUGACCGCCAUCAUCUUUGUGGCAGCCAGUAGCAGUUAUAACAUGGUCAUAAGGGAAGACAACAGCACUAACCGGCUGCGCGAGUCUCUUGAUCUGUUCCGCAGCAUCUGGACUAACAGGUUUUUAAGGACCAUCUCAGUGAUCUUAUUUCUGAACAAACAGGACAUGCUGGCAGAAAAGAUCCUGGCAGGAAAAUCCAAACUUGAAGAUUAUUUCCCAGAGUAUGCUCGCUACACUCUUCCUCCUGAAGCGACUCCUGAUCCCGGAGAAGACCCAAAAGUGUCCAGGGCAAAGUUUUUUAUCCGAGAUGAAUUCUUGAAAAUCAGCACAGCAAGCGGCACAGACAAACACUACUGCUAUCCCCAUUUCACCUGUGCCGUGGACACAGAAAACAUCCGUCGUGUAUUCAAUGACUGUCGUGACAUUAUUCAGAGGAUGCACCUCCGCCAAUAUGAACUCUUGUGAUUGGCUGUCUGGAUCGGUCGCUUUUCCAAUCAACAAUUAUCCAGUACCUCAUCACAUGGGUGGGGUCUUUAAGAACUACUGAAGAGUGACAAUGUUUUUUUUUCUGCUUUACACUUGUUUGCUUUCCUUUUUAAUUUAUUUAUAGUCAUAUGAAUUAUAUGAAUGUGUGUAUAAGGUGAAAUUAUUUCUAUUUUAUGUUUUAUACUACUCCCAGGUCAUUUCUUUCUUUAUAUAUUUUGUUGUUGUUGUUGUUGUAUUUCAGCAUUGACUGGCUUUAGAUGAGGUUAGAUUAGAAGAUUAGAUGUGGUUAGACCAGCGGACAUAAUGGAAACCUGUGGUAACCUGUGACCUGUGUCAGGAUGGUCUGUCCUUUGACCUUUCCCCUGUAUCUAAUGAAGGGGACAUUGGAGUACUGGACAUAGGAGAAAAGGGGUACAUAAAGGGUUUAAUGAAGCACUUUGCAUCAGUUGUUUCCUAGCCAGGAUGCAAAAUUCACAAUGUAGCACCUAUGUAUUUAUCUUUUUUCUUUCUUCUUUUUUUUCACUGUUUUAGUUUAGUUUAUAUUACCUUUUUGCUUUUUUUCUGCAAAGCAUGCAGAAAGGACUUCAGGGCUAGAUAGGAGUUUGUAACCAACUACAGAGCACAGAAGAAGGUGGGGCUUGUGGGAUUUGUCAUACACCAGGGGCAAUCCAUCUUGUGAGAACCGUCACCACCAACCAAUGCCUCCUUUAGUAUGGGCAGCCCUUAUUUGGGAGGUAGUUCUUAAUAUUGAUACAAAGAAGAACACAAUAUAUUUUUAAGGGUUUUGUUUUGUUAUUCUAAAAAAUGUGCAAGGUUGCUUGAUCUUGUACAGGACUGCAAAAUGUUGUUUUAUAUAACUUCUACAAGACAAAACUUUGACUUGUAGAAGCUCUUUGUGCCUUUGAAUAUGGCUGUACCUCUAAAUGAAGAUAAAUUAUGUGUGAUUGGACAGCGGUGUACAGCUUGAUGUCAAAUCUUACAUCCAGCACAGCUGACGAAAAAUCGCUCUGUAGACUGAUUUUUUUUUUUCUGUAUUAUAAAGCUAUUUCAAAUGUCUUUUAUUAUAAAAUGAAAAAAAAAAUCUUGGUAUACAAUAUGCAAAAUUAACCACUUUGUUUAGAAACUGCAAAUACAGUAUGUCUUACAGUU